AAAUCCUCCAUGUUCUUGUCUGUAAUAUGGCAUAAAGAAGAUCUGAUGUCCAUGACCUGUGUAGCAAUGCCCUGAAACAAUUUCCAGGGAAUGGAGCCGAUAAGCGCGCCGCUGGCCUCGGGACCGGAAGCCAGCUCUCCGCCGCACUCUAAACGGGACGUGUCUCCUUUCUCCGGCGGCGGCGCGGCGCUCAAACCCAACCAAGUGAGCGAGACGUCUCUGUACGGUGUGCCCAUCGUAUCUCUGGUCAUAGACGGUCAGGAACGGCUGUGUCUGGCCCAGAUCUCCAACACUCUGCUGAAGAGCUACAGCUACAACGAAAUUCAUAACCGGCGCGUCGCUCUCGGGAUCACGUGCGUGCAGUGCACACCGGUGCAGCUGGAGAUCCUGAGGCGCGCCGGUGCCAUGCCCAUCUCCUCGCGCCGCUGCGGGAUGAUCACCAAACGGGAGGCAGAAAGGCUGUGCAAGUCGUUUCUGGGCGCGCACACGCCGCCAAAGCUGCCCGAGAACUUCGCGUUCGACGUCUCGCAUGAAUGCGCGUGGGGCUGCAGGGGCAACUUCAUCCCGGCGCGGUACAACAGCUCACGCGCCAAGUGCAUCAAGUGCGCGUACUGCAGCAUGUACUUCUCUCCCAACAAGUUCAUCUUCCACUCGCACCGCACCCCGGAGUCCAAAUACACGCAGCCAGACGCAGCCAACUUUAAUUCCUGGAGGCGCCACCUGAAACUUUCGGACAAGCACAUGCCCGAUGAGAUCUCUCACGCUUGGGAGGACGUGAAGGCCAUGUUUAACGGGGGCAGCAGGAAAAGGACAAUGCCCGGAAGCGGGUGCAACAUGUCGCCUCUCAAAACACAAGGCCCGGGCCAUGUGAGGCAGGCCUCUUCACCGGAAAUCCCGCACAAAACCCUACGCUGCGAUGACGAGCGCAUGAACCUCGGCCUCGCCAAUGGAGCGCGCAAUUACCCGGUCAUUCCGGUGCCAAGCAAGAGCUUUGGCAUGCUCCAGAAAAUCCCCCCGCCGCUCUUCCCACAUCCGUACGGAUUCUCUCCGUUUGGUUUGUGUCAAAAGAAAGACGACGGCACGAACGAGCAAAAUAAAACGGGCGUACCGGGUGUGUUCUGGGCCGGCACGAAGGACAGCCUGUACCCGUCCUUCCCCAUGUUCUGGCCCACGACGGGCGCUUUGCCCCUGCCGCCCUAUCAGCACGCGCACCAGAAGCCGCACGAGCUCACCGGAAACCGGCAGAGUGAGACAGAUGUUGCCGAGCACGAGCGUCCAAGAAGCAGCACUCCCAGAGACAGCGAGCGCUGCUCGAGCUCCCAGUCGCUCGAGGACAAAUCCGCCGACGAGAUGAGGUCGACUGAGGGUCACGCGACAUCUCCGCCACGGAAGUCGAACUACGUUUCCGCGUUCAGGCCCGUCGUUAAGGACGCAGAGAGCAUCGCCAAGCUCUACGGCAACCGGGACGCGUAUGCGGGGCCGCCCGCGGGUCACCUGUCCCCGGACUUCGUCAGCGAGACUUCCAGCUACAGGACUGCCUCACCGGAAGUCGACAGCGGAGGAGAACCGGAAGUGGACGUGGAGUCCAACCGGGAGACACAUGAUGAUGAUGACGAGGAGUCCGUUCAGCUGUCUGUGGAGGACCGGCAGAGUCCAGUGAGGCAGAUCGGGUCCCGGACGGGUCACGGAGAAGAAAUGCGAGAAAGCAGAGAGGAAGAAGAGGGGGAGGAGGAGGAGGAAGAAGAAGAGGAGGAGGAGGAGGACAGACACGAGGACACGGAUGAAGACAGGCUGAGUGACAGAGCAACAAAAAAGAACAACACUCCAACAUAUGAUGUGGGUGCUGCUGAAAAGGACGCAGGGCUUUCACUGAACUCUCCUCCUGUUCCAGCACCGAAAUAUCCUCCAAUCCAGGAAUCACACAAUUCACACAGAUUCAGCCAUGCUGCUGGACUUGAGGAUGAUUGGGAAUCGCAGAAAUCCCGUCACGACCAAAUGAGCGUUUCUCAAGAAGCUGAGAUUGAAGGUGCAUCGAGGACUGAUGGCAGAUUCCAGUUAAUUGAAAAAGAUAUCGAGCACAUGGCAAAAGAGGAGCUCCAAAAACAGCUGGUGGAGCAAAUGGAGCUGAGGAAGAAGAUGGAACGGGAGUUUCAAAAUCUGAAAGAUAAUUUUCAGGACCAGAUGAAGAGAGAGCUGUCCUACCGAGAGGAGAUGGUGCAGCAGCUGCAAAUAGUCAGAGACACUUUGUGCAACGAGUUGGAUCAAGAGAGAAAGGCUCGAUAUGCAAUUCAGCAGAAGCUAAAAGCUCACGACGCUCUACACCACUUCUCCUGCAAGAUGCUCACUCCACGACACUGCACCGGGACGUGCACCUUCAAACCGCCUCUACUGCCACCUUAAUCUAAAUCCCCCACACUGGAGGACUACGACGGAUCCUACACACAUGAAAACCAAAAGACCUCUUCAAUAAAUUUCAAAGCACUGAACUUUCCAAGGACUGAAAAUGUACAGCAUCGUCAAAAAGAUCUAAAGGCAUCUCUUGAAGUUCUGCUUAAACAGACAUGAAACAGACACGGAUAAUUCUUCUCUGAACCGAGCAAGCUGGCAGAACGAUGAGAUCAGAGUCAA